UGCGACGGCGGUGGCCACGAAGCGGCGACGGAGUUCGCUCGUGAGGUUUUUACAUGCACCACUCCGCGAUGCCGACGGUGUCGGCGCUGUUCUCUGGGCCCGUGUCGGUGGGGCUGCUGGCCGGCGUGGUAUCCGGCCUCUUCUACCUCGUGGUGGCCGGCAUACGGUGGGCAGGUGUCCUGAUUUGGAAGCCUUCAACGUCAUUGAUGAUGAUGAUGAUGCUGUGUUCAACUAUUGAGAGUAGCGGAUUGCGCGCGGUGCGGGAGCGCGAACAGCUGCGCUUGCUGAGCCUGAGACAGCCCUGCGGCUCUGCAGACGGAGGCACCGGCGAUGGAGCAGACGACCACGGAGACUUCAACGCGCGGUGGGAGAGUAUUAAACCUGCCACCUCGCGCGGAGAGCGCGCCGACCGGGCGGCGGGGUGGGCAACGCCUCCACUCCGUCGCGCCGCCGAGCGCCGCCGAGCACGGUCGAGCGCGGCCGAGCGCCGCCGUGCUCCGCGUCGGACGGGGAAUGCGCGCCUUCAUGCUGUGCGUCUCCCGGCGGAGGUGAAGCAGCAGUCGGAGGAGUGGCUGUUCCGGCAGGUGCAGCGCCGCCUUCAUCCAACGUCUUCCGACCGCAGGCUGUGCAGUACUGAGAAUGGAGUGGGCAUGGAGCCAGAGAGCGUACGAGUGCGCGAGUUCAUUGAAAGCCUAGUCGAGUCCUUACUGUCUGGGGAACUUGACAAUCACAUGGCUGCCCAAGAUUCACCUUCAGCUGCUCAUGCAGCCUUGAAGCAGUUGGUUCAUCAAAUAAUACAAGAAGCAAUGGUUCUCCCAAAAUUUAAUGGAGUAAAACCCACAGAAGAUGACAUGAAGUCACUAGGAGACAUGGAAUCCAAGACAUAUGAAGAUAUUUUGGCGACUGCUAUUCUCAACAAAGUGAUCGAACGUUAUCAGCAGAGGGAUUCUUCUGGUAGAGCUUCUUUGGAUGGCAAUAGCAAUCUUCUAUCUCCAGAACUCAUGUCUCUAGUAGCCAUGUAUCAACCAAGACUUCUCAGUUACUCUGAAUCAGGAGUAAGUCAUAUGAGAAGUUCUGAUGAUUAUGAUUCUAUUGAAGAGUGCAUUGAAGAAGUCACAACAUUCAGCAAUGCUGAUGAAGAAGAAAAUGAUAUUGAUCCUGAUUCUUAUCUACCUGGUUUGGAUAUUUUCAAGAAUAGGCGAGCACCAUUUCCUGAAUAUGGAAGAGACAUUAUUGAUGGACCCCCUUUGGAGUUGUCUGAUAAUGAAGAAGGUGAAGAUGAAGUUGCAUCAGAAGAUGAAGACUCUAUGCAACCAACAGAUAUUAUCAACCCUGUUGACUCAUGGGAAGAAAACUGGUUGUUCCAGAAGCGUCGCCUAAAAGUCGGGGGAGUUCCUCAGCCUAUGCCAGUGCCCAUGCUGGUUCCAAAUCCUAGUGAAGAUUAUAGAGCUUUAAUUGGGGACCGUGAUGCAGAAGACGUUUCAGAUUUGUCAGAUUGUAGUGAUGGAGCUCUUGAAGAUGUAGUUCUUGCAGAAGAAGAUACCAGCUCAAUUCCUGUGACUGCAACUACACCAUCAAAUGUUUUGAACACUCAAGAAAAUGUAGCUAGCACUUUAUAUGAUAAUCACUUAUCUUCAAGGAAAGAUGUUAACCCUGCAAAAACAAGUGAAGCAAGCAGUGAACAUGCAGAUAAAGCAAGAAUGAUCAUGAAUGAAGAUAAUAAAAAAGCAACAUAUGACAUAAGAGAAUUGACAGAAGCAAAGAAUAUGGAAUACCUUAAAUCAACUGAAGAUUGUUUAUCUGAGUUUGGGCAGCAAGAAGGUGAAUAUACUGAAGAUUAUGCAGCUGUCACUCGACGACAAAUGGAUAGUUUGACAGCUAUGAGUGAUCUUGACACUACGGAAGUACCAGAACUACCCUCUACACCUAUUCCCCAGUUGAACUCAGAUACAUCUACUGUUGAUGAAUCUGUAGUUGCCAUUUUGGAUGGUCUUGUACCAGGAGAAUCUGACACAGACCAACUGUCUUUAACUUCACUGGGUAGUAUAGAAUUGACAAAGCCUCCACGACCAGGUACUGAUCAUUUAGAUGAUGAAUACUGCACUCUUCCUGCUGCAGGUACAAUAGCUGAACGUGAACACAAAAAAUGGGAAACAGCACCACCAAUACCAAAUAAUCCAUAUUCUUCAGAAAACAUCAUUAAAAGGUUAAAUAAAAACCAUCCCUACAUUCGGACAGAUAGUAGUAGUGAAGCAUUAAUGGAGUUUUUAGAGUCAAAAGAAGUUCUUGCAGAGAAAGUUGUGGAGCAGCCAUUGCAAGUAAUAUGUAGCCCAAGUGAUGUUGACUUCAAAAGGUAUGGCAGAGAUUACUACAUCAAUGCUCAGCCAGUUGCCAACAGUGUGAAGAAACAAACAAGUAGUCAACCUUCCCAGCAGCAGGUAAGUGAUGCCACAUUUUUGUCCGUGGCUAAGUUGGAGAAGCAGAUAUUGAACAGGGAUGUAUAUCAUUCAUCUUUUCGUGCUCGACAUGCUUCUCCUAAUUUCACAAUGAAUCCGCUGUACAAAACAGAGAAGGAAAACAUGCAGCAGAAAGAAAAUGUUGAUAAUAUACAAUGUAAUUACAACAGACCAUUUGAGGACCUCAAUUUAGAAGAUUAUGACUUGUCUCAUCAAAUGAUUGAAAAACUUGAUUUACUUGAAACAAAUUCUCUGGCUAUUGUCACCUCAGUUGAUAUAAUAGAGAGAUUUCAAAAAAAUCCACUGUUCACUCUUCCACCAAACAAAAUUCAAUUGUGUCAAGUUCUAUGUAUCAGUAACAAUACUGCUGCUGAAGAUGAUGUUCCUAACAAACAUCCUGAGAACAAAGCACUCUCAUCUCAAAUGCUGUUAAAUUACCAUGUCAGGACCAAGAAACAAAAACGGGAGAACGUUUGUACAGAAUCUGGUUACAGCAGCUCAUUAGAUUCAUUGAAUGAUCCAUCUGCAUACCUACUCCGCUUGACCCCGCCUUCACAGCCACAAAUGGUAGAAAGGACAUUUGAGUCUCUCACCAGUAUUCGAAGAUCUGGUAGUUUGAGAGUUGAUUCUUGCAAAAGGAAAGAAAUAAGCGGUUCUGUUAUGGGAGGUAGUCUUAGGAUCAACAGAAGACGAAAUACACCUGCAAAAGAACUAUGCCUUGCAUGCUUCUUUAUUACACAGAUGCCAGUCACCUUAAAGCUAGAUGUAUUUUUGAGUUUUAUACUCAUUUUGCACCUCUUUACAGUUAUUAGUACAUCAUGUCUUGGAGACUGGCAUAAGUUACAUUUGUACACAUAUCUUUGCACGUUUACAGCAAUUGUUGCACAUGAUUUCAACUGUGUUAUUUUCUCUUCUAUUUUAUUUUUACAUCUGUUAUUUAAUUCAAGAGAUGAAAGGAAUAAUUACUCAAUGUAUGAAUUGUCAAGAGGAAAUGAUGCCCAGUUGGAAGUACCUUCUAUUAAUGAAGAUUCUACUGAGACUCAAGACCCAAAUAAUAUUGAAACAAAAGUUGCACUAUGGCAAAAAGAAAUCAAUGAAACUGAUCAGUAUUACAAGAAUAUUUUAAAUAAAAAACAAGAACAUGCUCAAGACUCACCAUCAAGUGACAGUGAUCAUCAAACUGACUCGUCUUCUUUCUAUAAAUCAAUGCUCAGUAAUGGAAAUGAGAACCAUGACAAUGAUGAAAAUGAAAAUAACAAAUCAAAGAGUAAAAAUAAGCUAAGAGAGAGACUAAGAGAAUUUGAAAAAAUAGAAAGAAAUGGUUUUGAUGAUAUUGAAGAAAAGUCAGCUGUAUUCAUAAAAACAAAAACAGAUUCAAAACUAAGAAGAGAAGCAGGUUUUGAAAUUCUUGGGACACUUAGAAGAAACAGUAAUAUUGGAAGCACACUUAGUCUCAAUGAAAAUGGAACUGACUUUUAUUCCAAUGGAUAUGCUAGAUCUGAAAGUCCAAGUGGCAGUAGUGUUUUAACAUCUGAUAGUGACUUUGGUAUGCCUUCUGUAAAGGAACUAACUAAACGAUUUUCUGGAGUUGUGGAUUCAGACUCUUCUGCAUCUCCAAAGAGCGUGAGCCCAGCACCUCAAUGGCGAAAAACAGAGAAACCACAAAAGUGGGGGAACAAUGAAAUGAAGAUGCAGUCUCAGGCCGUUCCAUCAACCCUGAGUCCCCCUCGACCAGUGAGAGAGAUUCACAGUCUAACUGCUAGAAGCAUAUCAAAGGAGUUUCGGGAAGAGUUACGGCACAAUCAGCCAGUUCCUCUUAAUAAAAAUGUUUACAAACAAAUGAAUCCCAAGCAUCUCAAUGGAAUGGAUAAUGGUAUAGAGGAAGAGAAUUCAUCUUCUAGUUAUACACGAAUUUCAUCUGAAUCAAAAAGUCCUGUACCACAUCGAUCAAUGCAAUCAAGUAUUGCUUUCUGGGAACAGAUGCAGAAAAAUAAAUCAUAAUUUUUUUGCAGAAACUUAAUAGGCUUUAAUAAAAUGUAUGUACUGAUGUUAAAUCAUUUUUAAUGAACCAAUAUUUUAUAUUUGGUGCCUUGACUAGUACUGUUACCACAUAUUGUUGCCAAGACUUUUUAUAAUUUUUUAAAUAUAAGGAUUUAUAAUAAUUAGUCAAAAAAUAUUGAAUAUGAUAAAAUUGUCUUCUAGUAUGUAUUUCAUUAAAUAAAAUUCUUUGUUAAGUAUUGUAAUUGACAAUUAUUCCUUAUCUGCUUCGGCAACUUUCUAUUGUCAAAUGAGUUUGAAAUCAUUCUCAAGUCUUCCAGUUGAAUAACUGAUGUUCCCUCCCUUCAAUUAAUGUAUGAAGUUUGGGUAACAUAUAAUGAAAAAUAAUUUUUUUGUUUUGUCUUUCAUAAUUAUGAAAUGAUGAAACAUUUAUGUUGUAGUUCAAUAAUUAAGGAUCUAAAUUUGCACAGUAAAAUUAAAACAAUUGGUUAGUGCAGAACAAUACUCUUCAACUAUUGUAAAAAUGUGUAACAGUAAACAUUUUCCAUCUCCUGUGCCAAAUUAUAAGAUUGUGUGAUGUAUAUUUGCCUUGUAUAUUUAUGUAAUAUUUCUUGUAAAAUUUUUAUUAUUAAUUACAACCAAAUAAAUCUUGAUGUAAAGUUUUUUUUCUCAAAUAUGAAUAA